AUGCAGGCCAACGCCUCUCUUCCCGCGAACGCAUCUGCAGGGGUGCAGGGCRCAUCCGAGGGCUACGUCGUCCUGAAUGUCAUCUCUUAUCUGAUACUCGGGGUCACCUUUGUCCUCGGCGUGCUCGGCAACGGGCUGGUCAUCUGGGUGGCCGGCUUCCGGAUGACCCGCACGGUCACCACCAUCAGCUACCUGAACCUGGCCCUGGCCGACUUCUGUUUCACUUCCACUCUGCCCUUCUUCAUCGUCUCCAAGGCCAUGGGGGGACACUGGCCCUUUGGCUGGUUCCUCUGCAAGCUAAUUUUUACUAUCGUGGACAUAAACCUGUUCGGGAGCGUYUUCCUGAUYGCCCUCAUCGCUCUGGACCGCUGCAUCUGUGUCCUGCACCCGGUCUGGGCCCAGAACCACCGCACCGUGAGUCUGGCCAAGAGGGUGAUCCUGGGGCCCUGGCUCUGUGCCCUGCUCCUCACCUUGCCAGUCAUCAUCCGCCUGACGACAGUGACGAAUGUGCGUGGGACUGGGAAAACAGCCUGCACUUUCGACUUCUCUCCCUGGACCCAAGACCCUGCAGAGAAGAUGAGAGUGGCCAUCACCAUGCUGACGGUCCGCGGGAUCAUCCGGUUCAUCAUCGGCUUCAGCAUGCCCAUGUCCAUCGUUGGCAUCUGCUACGGCCUCAUCGCCAAGAAGAUGCACAGACAAGGCCUGAUCAGAUCCAGCCGCCCUUUACGGGUCCUCUCUUUUGUMGUAGCUGCUUUUCUUCUCUGCUGGUGCCCGUAUCAGGUUGUGGCCCUCAUAGCCACCAUCAGAAUCCGCGACCUCUUGACGGGUCUGGCCAGUGAUCUGAGAUUAGCCAUCGACGUGACCAGCUCUCUGGCCUUCCUCAACAGCUGCCUCAACCCCAUGCUCUACGUCUUCAUGGGCCAGGACUUCCGGGACAGGCUGAUCCACUCCCUGCCGGCCAGUCUGGAGAGGGCCCUGACCGAGGACUCGGCCCAGCCCAGUGACACAGCCACCAACUCUUCCUCGCUCCCUGCAGAGGUUGAGUUACAGCCAAAGUGA